UAUGGGAACUUUUACGAAUUUGGGAAAUUCCCUUUCAAAAUUUUCAUACCAAAGCAUUCUCAAAGCUACAAAUAGUUUUUCUUCUAGUACUCUAGUUGGCAGUGGCACUUUUGGGGUUGUGUACAAGGGAGUCUUUGAUCACGAUAAUCAAAGAGUUUUUGGCACUAAGGUGUUCAACCUCGAAAACCAUGGUGCUUCCAGAAGUUUCAUGGCUGAAUGUGAGGUACUCCGUAACAUUAGACAUCGAAAUCUUGUCAAGGUGAUAACAGCAUGUUCAAGUAUCGAAUAUCAGGGAAACGCUUUUAAGGCUUUAGUUUACGAGUACAUGGUAAAUGGGAAUUUGGACGAUUGGUUGUAUCCAGUCGAGUCAUUAACGAGGAGAUUGAAUCUUUACCAAAGAUUAGAUAUAGUCGUGGAUGUUGCUUCAGUUGUCGAGUAUCUUCAUCAUCGUUGUGGUACACCUAUAGUUCAUUGUGACCUCAAGCCAAGCAAUCUUCUCCUCGAUAGAGAAAUGGUCGCACAUGUUAGUGACUUCGGUUUGGCUAAAUUCCUUGCGAAAGACAUCAGUACAGAAUCCACCUCUUUUGGAUUUAGAGGAACUAUUGGUUACGCUCCUCCAGAAUACGGGUUGGGUAAUGAAGUGUCUACCCGUGGAGAUGUCUAUAGCUUCGGCAUUCUUUUGUUGGAGAUCUUUACCGGAAAGAAACCAACGUCUGACAUAUUCGACAGUGGUCGAACCCUUCAUCGCUAUGCAAAAGAAGCUCUGCCUAGACAAGUGACGGAUAUUCUAGAUGACUCGCUUCUUCGAGACAUUGUAUGAGAUCGAGAGGAGAGCACUGUUAACAUGGUAUUGGACGCCUUGAUAUCUAUACUCGGUAAAGCACUUUCUUGUUCCGCUGAGCUUCCUCAAGAAAGGUUCAACGUGAGUAUUGUUGCUGCAAAGCUGUUAGAGAUAAGACACAAACUGUGCACAACUUUAAAAACGAGGAAACAGUAAGCGAAUGAAUACUCUUUCGGGUACUGACUGUUUGCAGAUACAAACAUAACGGUGAUGUCUCUAAGUCAUCGACUGAACAAA